CCUAGAGAUUAGAGGUGCACCGUCUCACCAAAUAAUAAUAUACUUUCCCUAUAAAAGGGUAGAGAUAUUAGUCUCCAAUCAUCCCAUCUCAUCUCCCAAGUUUGAGCUACUAACUAUAGCAACCUCUUAAAUUCGUUUUCCUCGUACCAUCAUGUCUUCAUCAUUUUCAAUUGUAUCAGCAAUUAUUCUUCUUACUAUUUGUGUGUUGGGAAAUUCCAACGCUCAACUAAGCUCAACUUUCUACAGUUCCACAUGCCCAAAUGUAACCAGCGUUGUUCGCGGUGUGGUGGAGCAAGCUCAACAAAAUGAUAUUCGUAUUGGUGCUAAACUCAUCCGGGUUCAUUUCCAUGACUGCUUUGUCAACGGUUGUGAUGGUUCGAUUAUGCUGGACAACGCAGAUGGCAUAGAGAGUGAGAAAGAUGCAGUUCCCAAUCAAUCCACAGAUGGAUAUGAUGUGGUUGAUGACAUCAAAACUGCACUCGAGAAUGUUUGCCCUGGUGUUGUCUCCUGUGCCGACAUUUUAGCAAUUGCUUCUCAAAUAUUGGUUUCUGCGAAUGGAGGCCCAACGUGGGAAGUUCAACUGGGAAGAAGAGACAGUAGGACAGCCAACCGAGCUGGUACCACUGCCCUUCCAAGCCCUUUUGAAAACCUUGAGCAAAUUACAAAAAAAUUCAACGACGUAGGAUUAGAUUCGACGGAUCUGGUUGCUUUAUCAGGUGCUCAUACAUUUGGGCGGGCAAGAUGUCUUACUUUCGUCCACCGUCUGUACAAUUUCAGUGGCACGGGGAACCCCGACCCGACCAUAGACACAACAUACUUAGAAACGCUACGGCAAAUAUGUCCUAACGGCGGUAAUGGAGGUACAUUGGCGGACCUUGACCAAUCAACGCGUGACGAGUUCGACCACAACUACUUCACAAACCUCCAAAACAAGCGCGGGCUUCUCCAAACGGAUCAGGAGCUAUUCUCAACUAGCGGAGACACUGUUGCCAUUGUGAACCGCUUUGCUAAUAGCCAAAGCGACUUCUUUGAUAGCUUUGGUCAGUCCAUGAUCAAUAUGGGAAACAUUAGACCUUUGACGGGCAGUGAUGGAGAGAUUAGGUCUGAUUGCAGAAGAGUCAAUUGAAAUCAUCAUAUUAUGUAGUUGUCCAUGUAUAUGCAUGGUGUAAAACUAAAACAUCAUCAUAACAUGCAUGUUGUUAUAUAUGUCUUGGUACUGCCUGGCAUACCAAUGGACAUUCAAAUAAAGUAAUGGAAUUAAGGAGAGGUAGUACACAAUGUGGUAUAUAAAUGUGAUAAGUUUAGUUAACAUUAUCUGGAUAACCGUUAAACUACUAUAAUGAAAUAAUAAAGUCAAAUUAAGGAGAGGCUGGAGAGCACAAAUGGAUGACUCUUAUUUUUUCGACUCUUUUUUUUCUUUUUUUUCUUUUUUCAAGUAUGGAUGUUAUUCUGAAUUUGCACAAUAUUUAUACAUAAAUCUUAUGUCACUACCUUAAUUGAUCAUUGCAUAAGAUCAAAGAACGUUGUAAUCAGAAAAUGUUAUAAACUUGGAUUGUAUUUGAUCACAUUUAUAUGGUAGUCAAAUUUAGGAGGCGAGCUCGGAUAUAUAUGGGAUAUAUAUAUUUUAUUUUAUUUUAUUUUUUUUGGGUGGUUAUUUUUUCACUCCCCUUUUAUCCAUCUACACUUCCUUUUGUUUUUUAAUACUUUUUACUACAAGAUAAAAGGGAGUUUAAGUGAACAAAAGAGGAGUGAGAACAUACAAUUUUUUUAAAAAUAGAAUGUAAGUAGAUAAAAAGAGAGUGAGAAAAUUAGUGCCAUAUAUAUAUAUUAGUCCUGAUCUCUUGGACCACAGGGGUCCAAGAAAUUUGUGGUCAC